GCUUCGCGGGCGCCAUGAGGGGAGACAGAGGCCGUGGCCGUGGCGGGCGCUUCGGGUCCAGAGGGGGCCCUGGAGGAGGGUUCCGCCCCUUCGUGCCCCACAUCCCGUUUGAUUUCUACGUGUGCGAGAUGGCCUUCCCGCGGGUGAAGCCGGCUCAGGACGAGACGCCGUUCAGCGAGGCGCUGCUCAAGCGCAACCAGGAUCUCGCCCCCAACUCGGCGGAGCAGGCCUCCAUCCUGUCGCUGGUGACCAAAAUCAACAACGUCAUCGACAACCUGAUCGUGGCUCCCGGCACCUUUGAAGUGCAAAUCGAGGAGGUGCGCCAGGUGGGCUCGUACAAGAAGGGGACCAUGACCACGGGGCACAAUGUGGCCGACCUGGUGGUCAUCCUGAAGAUCCUGCCAACCCUGGAAGCCGUUGCCGCUCUGGGGAACAAAGUGGUGGAGAGUCUGCGCGCCCAGGACCCUGCUGAAGUCCUGACCAUGCUGACCAACGAGACCGGCUUCGAGAUCAGCUCCGCCGACGCCACCGUCAAGAUCCUCAUCACGACCGUGCCCCCCAACCUGCGCAAGCUGGACCCCGAGCUCCACCUGGACAUCAAAGUGCUGCAGAGCGCCCUGGCCGCCAUCCGGCACGCCCGCUGGUUCGAGGAGAACGCCUCCCAGUCCACGGUCAAGGUCCUCAUCCGGCUGCUGAAGGACCUGAGGGUCCGGUUUCCCGGCUUCGAGCCCCUCACCCCGUGGAUCCUGGACCUGCUGGGCCACUAUGCCGUUAUGAACAACCCCACCCGACAGCCCCUGGCCCUCAACGUGGCUUACAGACGCUGCCUGCAGAUCCUGGCGGCCGGCCUCUUCCUGCCCGGCUCCGUGGGCAUCACGGACCCCUGCGAGAGCGGCAACUUCAGAGUCCACACUGUCAUGACGCUGGAGCAGCAGGACAUGGUGUGCUAUACGGCCCAGACCCUCGUCCGCAUCCUGUCGCACGGCGGCUUCCGGAAGAUUCUGGGCCAGGAAGGCGAUGCCAGCUACCUGGCCUCCGAGAUGUCCACGUGGGACGGCGUGAUCGUCACCCCGUCCGAGAAGGCGUACGAGAAGCCCCCCGAGAAGAAGGAGGGGGAGGAGGAGGAGGAGACCACGGAGGAGCCGCCCCAGGGCGAGGAGGAGGAGAGCAUGGAGACGCAGGAGUGACCGCCCGGACCCGCUCCGUCCCGAGGAGGAGGGGAAAGGGAAAAGGGAAAGGAAGGGCAGGCGGCCGGCUCCGUUCGGCCGCCGCGUUGAACUGUGUGUGUGUUGGUGGCUAUUUGUGGUUUAUUUUGUAGAAAACCAUUAAACGUUCUGCCCC